AUGAAUUUAUAUCAAUGCUCAAAUCCUAUUUCGGACAAUUUUUUACCGAAAUAUGAAAGUAGAAAAACCAUUGAAGUCAAGAAAAAGGUGCUCAUUUUUACUGAUAAAGUCACAAAUUUGUUGUUGAAAAGACUUGUAUAUUUGAUAGGUUCUGUUAAGUUUAACGUUAAAAUUUCCCACAACAAAUUGUUGCCCCUAUUAGAAGAUCAUCAAAAAGGAUCUUUUGCUCUAAUUGUUUUUACAAAAUUGGAUAUUUAUCUUCAUUUAGAUAAACAUGCGAAAGAGAGAUUAAAAGAAUAUUGUUUAAACUAUAAAGUGGGAUUAUUAAUCUUUGUUCAAAAUGAGGAAAAUAUUCCAAUAACAAAAUUAAGUGAAUAUCCACUUUUUUUCGCCACGAAUAAUCAUAUAUCCAAUUAUAGAGUAAACGCUUCUUCACCUGUUUUACGAAUCACGAAACCGGGUUAUCACGUUUUCAAUAACACCUCGUCAAAAUGGACUUUGUUUCACAGCAAAGAUCCUUCAUUCGAACCCAUAUCAGUAACUAAUUGUGAAAACAGAAAGGCCAAAGAUACUUGUGAAGAUGGAUUGGUUUAUGCCGCGGUCAUGAGAGAUAAAGGGCUGCAUGAUGGUAUAGAAAAAAUUUAUUUUAACGACAAAAUUACGUUUUGGGUUCACAAAUUAAUAAUUCUUGAUGCUAUCUCAUAUUUGAGUCGAAGCAGUUUAUUGUUGCCUCUUGAGAGAUAUAUCUUGGUGGAUAUUGAUGACAUUUUUCUAGCCAAUUCUCCACUUAAAAUGAAAAAGCAGGAUGUCAAGGAGCUGGUUAAUUUUCAAAAUCGUAUUCGAAAAGAAAAUGUUGUAGAAAAUUUUACUUUCAACUUGGGAUUUUCUGGUAAAUAUUAUAGACAAGGCAAUAUAAAUGAGAUGGAAGGUGAUGAAUUUCUCUUAGCUUCUCGACAUAAUUUUACGUGGUUUGAUCAUACGUGGAGUCAUGUUCAGCCUCACAAGUUAAAUUUUUCUUCGCUCGUUCGUGAAAUGCUGGUGAACAAAAAGUUUGCAAAGAUACACGACCUCCCACUGUACACAAAUUAUUCCGUUGCCCCGCACCACUCCGGCGUGUACCCCGUCCACGAUGACUUGUACGAAGCAUGGAGACAGGUGUGGGGGUUGGAUGUUACGAGCACUGAAGAAUAUCCAAACUUGUACCCCGCUAAAAAUCGCAAAGGGUUCAUCUAUAAGGGAAUCAAGGUUCUGCCAAGGCAAACAUGCAACUUGUUUACUCACACGAACUUUUUUGAUACUUUUCCAGGAGGCAGAACAAAACUGGACAACAGCAUUUUCGGUGGAGAUCUUUUUAUGACAGUCAUCACAAAUAUCGUUACAAUUUUCAUGACCCAUCUCUCCAACUAUGGAAGUGACCGUUUGGCUUUAUACACCUUUACAAAUCUUUUUAAUUUUAUUAAAUGUUGGACGAAUUUGAAAAUGAUGACAGUUGAACCAUCGAAACUGGCUGACGUUUAUUUCAAUUUCUACCCAAAUGAAAUUCUUCCCUUGUGGACAAAUCCCUGCAAUAACAAACGUCAUUUAGAAAUAUGGUCAGGUCAGAAAACAUGCAAAAGAUUACCUCACCUCAUUGUCGUCGGUCCUCAAAAGACCGGUACGACAGCCUUGUAUACUUUUCUGAAUCUCCACCCCCAGAUCAAAUCGAACUUUCAAAGCAACAAAACUUUUGAGGAGGUACAAUUCUUCACAGACAAGAAUUACGUGAAUGGUAUCGACUGGUACAUGAAUCAUUUCCCAUUCCCUCCAUCAGAGUCCACAAUAUUGUUUGAAAAAAGUGCCAAUUAUUUCACAGAAGCAAAAGCUCCGUUGCAAAUUCACACUUUGUUGCCAGACACAAAAAUAAUCUGCAUACUCAUCAAUCCAUCACAAAGAGCUUAUUCCUGGUAUCAGCACGCCCAGUCGCACAAGGACGAAGCAGCCUUGAAACAUUCCUUUUAUGACGUCAUCACCGCCACCAAUUCAUCCAGUGACGUUCACAAUCUUAGAAACAAGUGCUUGUUGCCGGGGCUCUACACUUCACAUCUGAAUAAGUGGAAAACUCACUUCAACAAUUCACAGUUGCUUAUAGUUGAUGGAGAAAAUCUGGUAGAAGAUCCAAUAUCUGAAAUGGAAAAAGUUCAAAAUUUUUUAAAGUUACAAGACAAACUUGAUUAUUCUAAAUUGUUGAAAUAUAACACAAAGAAAGGAUUCUUCUGUCCGGUCACCAAUGGAGGAAAGCUUAAAUGUUUGGGAAGUGGCAAAGGUCGCAAAUAUUCACCAAUGGACGACAAAUCAAAAGACUUUUUAAAACAUUUUUACAAAAAUUCAAUCGAGGAUCUGAACGAUUUUUUAACGAAUCAUGGUUAUUCCAAACCUGGUUGGCUGAUUAAGGAAAUAAAUGAUAUGAAUGCAUGAAACCAAUAAAACCAUUGAUAAAUAGUCAAUUUUUGCCAUUU